AUGGCUGGAUCAGACAACAGAAAGGACGGCAAGGCUGCAGAGGAGAACAUCGAGACGGAUGAGCUGCAGAAGGAGGCCGAGGUAGCUCGUUUCUCGCCAGAGGAAGAAGCUGAGCUCGUGACAGAAUCGAACACACACAAGACCGAGGCGAACGAUCUUUUCAUGAAGGGGAAAUACGAGACUGCCAUCACGAAAUAUGACGAGGCCGUUGCUGUCUGCCCAAGCUACCUCAACUACGACCUCGCUGUGCUCAAGUCAAACAUCUCCGCCUGCCACCUGAAGUUGGAAGAAUGGAAGGACGCCAUAAAGAGCGCCACGGCAGCUAUUGAUUCUUUGGCUAAGGUCGAGAAGGAGGAUGCAGAGCAAGAAGCAAAGGAUAAGGAGGCUCAGCGGAUAGAAGAAGAAGUCGAAGAAGAGAUAGUCAGCAGUGGUGCUACUCAAGCUGCACCUGCUCCGCCAAAGGAGGAAGACGCUGCUGAAAUGUCAAGGCGCAAACGGAAAGAGGAUAUUUUGCGCAUACGAGCAAAGGCGUUGAUGCGUCGAGCGCGAGCGAGAAGCGAAGCCGGCGGAUGGUCGAACCUCUCCGGGGCCGAAGAAGACUACAAGAUCCUUGCAGGGUUGACGAACCUCAGUCCUGCGGACAGGAAGAUUGUACAGACACAGCUGAGACUACUGCCGCCAAGAACAAAGGCUGCUCAGGAGAAGGAGACGGCCGAGAUGUGGUCGAAGCUGAAGGAUCUGGGCAAUGGCAUUCUAAAACCAUUUGGCCUAAGCACGGAAAACUUUCAAAUGGUGAAAGACGACAAGUCGGGCGGGUAUAGCAUGAACUUCAAGCAGCAAUAA